GGCGUGCUCUCCCGCCCGGGACCCGCCCCGAGCGGUGGGGGCCGCGACUGCGCGGUGCACCGACCUCCUCCGCGGACCGAGGUGCGAGCUGGAAGUGGCGGGGAGCCCACCUCCAGGCGCCAGGAAGUGGGGUCCGGUCCUUAGGAACCCCCUCACACUCACUGCUCUGACAUACGCGGGCACGAUCACCCGGCCCUUGCCUGGAACACCGGCCCCACGUGGUAGAUGAGAGCCCGGACCUCUGGUCAAAGCCGAGGAAUGUGAAGGUUGGAGCCUCCCUGGGCCCUGCCUGAGCAGGCCUGCCUGGCGAGCUGGGACAUGUCUGGCCCCCGAGGACAGCCGGUGGGCGAUGGCUGCGGUGGCGGAGGGGCUGGAGCCCGAGACAGCGGCUGUAGAAGAUGCUGCAAGAGAUGCUACAGAUGCUGCGGAUGCAGGACUGGGGGUACCCCCUCUCCUGGUUGGGAACCGGCUGAGCCUGGACCUAUACCCCAGGGGCUGCCACCGGCUGCUGCACCUGUGUGCCCAGCAGGUCCGUCAGCUGCUGGAGGUGGAGUUCCUGCGGCUGAGUGGCCACGAGGACCCUCAGCUGCUGCAGGCCACCCUGGCGCGUCUGCCCUGGAGCCUGCCACGCCUCCGCUCCCUGGUCCUCAAAGGUGGGCAACAUCGGGACGCUCUGGGUGCCUGCCUCCGGGGCUCCCUCGCCACGCUGCCCGCCAGCCUGAGUGGCCUAGCCCACUUGGCCCACCUGGACCUGAGCUUCAACAGCCUGGAGACGUUGCCAGCCUGUGUCCCGCAGUUGUGUGGCCUGGGUGCCCUCCUGCUCUCUCAUAACUGCCUCUCAGAGCUGCCUGAGGCCCUGGGGGCCCUCCCCGCCCUCACCUUCCUCGCUGCCACCCACAACCGCCUGCAAACGCUGCCCACAGCACUGGGGUCCUUGUCCACCCUGCAGCGCCUCGAUCUCUCUGAGAACCUGCUGGAUGCUCUGCCCCCGGAGAUCGGAGGCCUGAGCAGCCUGGCCGAGCUCAACCUGGCCUCCAACCGGCUGCAGGGCCUCCCUGCCUCCCUUGCGGGCCUGCGGUCCCUACGGCUCCUCGUUCUGCACAGCAACCUUCUGGCUUCGGUGCCUGCCGGCCUGGCUCGCCUCCCGCUGCUCACCCGGCUCGACCUGAGGGACAACCAGCUCCAGGACGUGCCCCCCGAGCUACUGGAUGCCCCCUUCGUGCGCCUGCAAGGAAACCCCCUGGGUGGGCCUAGCCCUGCCCCCCACAGUCCUCCAGGGACACCCGUGGUCCCAGAAAUGCCCAGACUGUUGCUGACUUCAGAUCUGGACAGCUUCGCCGUGACCCCCCUAGGCUGCUCUGUGACCCUGGCCUGCGGUGUCCGCCUGCAGUUCCCCGUGGGAGCCACUGCUACCCCUGUUACCGUCCGCUAUCGACUGUGGCUGCCAGAGCCACGCCUCGUCCCCCUGGGUCCCCAUGACUCUCUGCUCAGUGGUGUCCUGGAGCUGCAGCCCCACGGGGUGGCCUUCCAGAAGGAGGUGGGCCUGUGGCUGCUCUUUGUGCCCCCACGGGCCCGGCGUUGCCGUGAGGUGGUGGUCAGGACCCUGAGUGACAAUAGCUGGAGUGACCUGGAGACCCACCUGGAGGAAGAGGCGCCCAAGCGGCUCUGGGCUCGCUGCCAGGUGCCUCACUUCUCCUGGUUCCUCGUGGUUUCGCGCCCUGUGUCUGACGCCUGCCUGGUGCCACCAGAGGGGACAUUGCUGUGCUCCUCAGGACAUCCUGGGGUCAAGGUCACAUUCCCCCCUGGGGCCACUGAGGAGCCCCGUCAUGUCCGCAUGCAGGUGGUGCACGUGGGCAGCAGAGAACUGCCGGCCCUGCUGGGAGAGCCUGAGGCAGCUGCCAGCCCCCUGCUCUACCUCUCCCAGGGCGGCGCCCCCAGCUUCCUUCGGCCGGUCACCGUGCAACUGCCUCUGCCCCCCGGCGUCACAGGCCUGAGUCUGGACCGCUCGCACCUGCACCUGCUGUACCGAGCCCCUCCCGCGGCCACCUGGGAUGACAUCACGGCGCAGGUGGCGCUGGAGCUCACCCACCUGUAUGCUCGCUUCCAGGUCACGCGCUUCUCCUGGUACUGGCUCUGGUACACCACCAAGACCUGCGUGGGGGGCCUGGCGCGGAAGGCCUGGGAGCGGCUGCGGCUGCACCGCGUGAACCUCAUUGCGCUGCAGAGGCGCCGGGACCCCGAGCAGGUCCUGCUGCAGUGCCUGCCCCGCAACAAGGUGGAUAGCACCUUGCGGCGGCUGCUGGAGCGGUACCGCGGCCCGGAGCCCUCAGACACCGUGGAGAUGUUUGAGGGUGAGAAGUUCUUCGCUGCCUUCGAGAGGGGCAUCGACGUGGAUGCCGACCGUCCAGACUGUGUGGAGGGCAGGGUGUGCUUCGUCUUCUACUCACACCUGAAGAACCUGAAGGAGGUGUACGUGACCACAACCCUGGACCGGCAGGCUCAGGCCGUGAGGGGCCAGGUGUCCUUCUACCGGGGAGAGGUGCCAGAGGAGGUGCCUGAGGAGGCGGGGGCUGCUCGGCAGAAGAGGGGUGCAGACGCCCUGUGGAUGGCCACUCUGCCCAUCAAGCUGCCGAGACUGCGGGGAUCCGAGGGCCCAGGGCAGGGGGCUGGCCUCUCCCUGGCACCUCUGAACCUGGGCGACGCCGAGACUGGGUUCCUGACACAGAGCAACCUGCUAAAUGUGGCCGGCCGCCUGGGCCCUGACUGGCCAGCCGUGGCCCUGCACCUGGGUUUGCCCUACCGUGAGCUGCAGCGCAUCCGGCAUGAGUUCCGGGACGACCUGGAUGGGCAGAUCCGCCAUAUGCUCUUCUCCUGGGCUGAGCGCCAGGCUGGGCAGCCAGGGGCCGUGGGGCUCCUCGUGCAGGCCCUGGAGCAGAGUGACCGGCGGGACGUGGCCGAAGAGGUGCGGGCUGUCUUGGAGCUUGGCCGCCGCAAGUACCAGGAGGGCAUCCAGCGCACAAGCCUGGCCCCCGGGGACCUUGGCCCACCUGGCUCUUCAGCAUCACAAUCCGCCGAGCCUGCCCAGGCCUAGAACCUACCAACUUUGGGCUGGUCCCUGACAUCCUUUGGCCAAUAGUUAGAGGACAGAAGUGUUGGUUUUCGAGCUCCCCUGGAAGUAGAGGACCGCCCCUCCCCCUCCUCCAGCACCACCUCCCCUGCCUGGCGUCCACCUCUGCGGCUCCUACCUGAGUGCUCCCGGCUCCUA